AUGUUCCUCAGAACUACUGUUCUUACCACGGUUUUGACUCCAUCCUACCGGUACAGUUCGUUCAGUUAUACUCAGCUCACAUCCGACCGUUAUGCAACACCACUGCCUUCUCCUAUCUCUUUUCCUGCCACCUUUGCCCCACCGUUCAGUGAAGCAUCGACCCUCCUGCCUACAGAAGUCACCUAUACUACCUAUAGCCUCAAUCCUACCACGACGGCUGCUACGGAGUCAGAGACAGACGGAUAUGGCCAGCAAGCAUACGCCGAGCUCUGGGCAUCGUUAUCCUACUCCUCAGCGCCUCCCUUCACCACGACAGUCUCUCCUACCCCUGUCCCAAGCAGUGAGUUGGUGUUUCCACCUGCUCUGACUCCGUACCUAGCCAACCCGGAAAAGAAGCUUCCCGAGAACUUUAUCUGGGGUGUUGCAGGCAGUGCAUGGCAGAUUGAAGGGGGCCUUCAGCUGGGAGGCCGAGGACCAAGUAUCCUGGACACCAUUGGAGCACUCCAAUCGAACGACAGUGCUAGCGAUGCCAAUGUGGCCACCAUGAAUUACUAUCUGUACAAACAGGACAUCGCCCGACUGGCUGCUCUGGGUGUUCCUUACUACUCCUUUUCCAUCUCCUGGAGCCGCAUUGUUCCUUUUGGGGUUGCUGGAUCGCCUGUGAAUACCGAGGGUCUGGCCCAUUACGACGACGUGAUUAACACCUGUAUAGAAUACGGGGUCACUCCUAUCGUGACACUAGUCCAUGCCGAUUAUCCACCGUCUGUGGUUGCAGACAUGGGCAACCUGUCCACGCACUAUCUAUACUAUGCCAAACAAGUGAUGACCCGGUACGCCGACCGGGUGCCAUACUGGGUCACCUUCAAUGAGCCCAACAUCUCAGUGGGCAGCGUUGCGAAAUCCUACAGCAUUCUCAAGGACAUUCUACUCGCACACGCUGCGGCGUACCACUGGUAUAAGGAGACCUUAGGCGGCACGGCUCAAAUCACGCUGAAAUUCGCCAACAACCUCGCGCUGCCUCUUGACCCGACCAACAGCACCCACACGGCCAGCGCGCAGCGCUACCAGGCCUUUAUCCUCGGCAUCAUGGGUAACCCGCUCCUCCUCAGCGAGCAGAUCCCGUCCGAGGUGCUCAGCACGCCCAACAUCACGAUCGAGGCGCUGACAUCUGAGGAGCUCGCCACGGUGAAGAACACUGUCGACUUCAUCUCCAUCGAUCCAUACACCGCACAGUUCGCCUCUCCGGCGCCCGAGGGCAUCGAGGCCUGCGCCGCCAACUCCAGCCACCCGCUCUGGCCGUCCUGCGCCACGCUCACGAACGUCCAGGCCAAUGGCUGGCUCAUGGGUGAAGCAUCCAACGACUACGCCUACAUCGCGCCGCAGUACGUGCGCCAGCAGCUCGGCUACCUAUGGAACACGUUCCGACCCAAGGGGAUCCUGGUGGCGGAGUACGGCUUCAACCCGUUCGCCGACGCCAACCGCUCGCUCAACGCGCAGCGCUACGAUCUCGAGCGCACGCUGUACUACCACUUCUUCCUGCGCGAGGUCCUCACGGCCAUCCAUGAGGAUGGCAUCAACGUGAUCGGCGCACUGGCGUGGAGUGUCCUCGACAACGACGAGUUCGGCAGCUACGCCAACAUGUACGGCCUGCAGACGGUCAACCGCACCGACGGCCGGUUCGAGCGCCAUUACAAGCGGAGCUUCUUCGACUACGUGGACUUUUUCCACCAGCAUAUUGCAUCUUGAUAUGCUGGGUGACGAGUGGCACCAGGUGAUAGUGACCUGAACAAAAAUCGACCAAGAUGCCC